GGGAUGCGAUGGCCUCGGAUAACGUUAUCACUCUAUUUGCCGCUAGUAUUAUUUCAGCCGCUAUGAUUAACGUAGCGAUCGUCGUGGGAGCGGCUAGCAAUCUCGGCUACCAAGUAUUAAAGAAGCUAACCAAAGUUUACAAUGGAAAGAUAUACUUCACGGCCGAAGACGAGUCCACCGGGUACAACAUUCACGACGUCUUGAAAAAAAACAACGCAAAUCUGGAAUACUUCAAAGUUGACUUCGCGUACACGAAAAGCAUUAUAAAGUUUAGACACCACAUACAAGACCGAGAUGAAAGGAUUGAAUUAUUAAUCAACAUCACUGACUACGUUCCCACGGAGAGACAUUUGUCGCAUUUUGAAAAAGUGAGGAGGACACUAAGCGUUAACUUCUACGGAUACAUAAACUUUGGGAAACUGGUAUAUCCCUUGUUAACGGAAAACGCUAGAGUCGUCAACGUGUCGGGACCAGCCGGCCUUCUAACCACAGUUGAAAAUGAAGUUAUAAGAAAAAGAAUUAGUAAUCCAGAACUGACUGAAGAUGAGCUAGUAGCGAUCAUUCAAGAAUACGAAGAAGCUGCUAGAAAAGGUGUUGAAAAAACAGAAGGUUGGGGUACAAGUGUUACAGCUUUUAGCAAAGUUGCGCUAAGUGCUGUCACAUUUCUUCAACAUAGACAAUGGUCUGAUAAAGGUGUAGUGAUCAACUGCGUGAAUCCAGGCAACGUCACUAGUCGCGAAGAUAGGAAAUCUACUAAAGUGUUCGAGGAAGGCGCCAAGGCGAUAUUAUAUUUGGCCUUGGAGGCGCCUUUGACUCUGAAAGGGAAUUUUGUGUGGAGCAACUACAAUGUGAUAGAAUGGAACAGUGACCCAUUUGUAGAAGUUACUACUGUGUAGAUCAGUUUCAUAUUUUAUUUAUUUUUAAGAUACGAGUAUUUAUUUAGUGGUUAGUGUAUAGAAAUUAAUUGGAAAUAAAUAUGAUGAUGAAACUAUCUGUAUUGAAGGGGUAAGCUGAAACCGUAAGUUUAACACAGAUGACGUUUUGCUCCCAAGCUUGAUUUUCCAUAGUUCACGGUAGAAACGAUUGAUUAGAUUUACGGGAGAUUCAUUGAAUAAUAAUGAUUGAGUUACUUUAAUGAAUAUGUAUACCUCGUAACUGUUAGGCGGGUCACGUGAAUUUUUUGACCUUUGUUUCUUAAUCCGAAGGUGUAAAUAUUUCAAAAAAUUCCGUGAAGUUUUGGUUACUUUGUCUCUAUGAGAUGAAAAAUUAAAUUUUAUGUUU